UCUUCUUUUUUUUUGUCCGAAUGACUUCCUGCCUCCCCGCUGCGCUGUGCGGGUUACCGUUACGCUGAGGCCAAUGCGGCGGUACUGAAAGUCGGCUCCUGUCUUGGAGUGCUUGCUGUCUUUGCCGUCGAGAUAAAUUUGUCUCAGCUGACGCUGAAAAAAGCCCCGCUGUUCUGGAGUUUCUUUUGGGCAAGAACAGAGGGCGUCCUGUCGUUAGCGCGGUGGCUAAGCGGGCCUACCGCGCAUUGCAGGCCGGCCAGAAUCUGAGCAGGUUUUUCGCUGCGGAGCUGCCACUGUUGUAGAAAGGGUUUCGCCUUUACCCCCCGCCUGCCAUGGCUGAGCCGGAGUUGCUGCUGGACUCCAACAUUCGCUUGUGGGUGGUGCUGCCCAUCGUCUUUAUCACCUUCCUGGUCGGAGUGAUCAGGCACUACGUCUCCAUCCUGUUGCAGAGUGAUAAGAAGCUCACCUUGGAGCAGGUGUCUGACAGUCAGGUUCUUAUCAGAAGCCGGAUUCUGAGAGAAAAUGGAAAAUACAUUCCCAAACAGUCCUUCUUGAUGAGGAAGUUUUACUUCAAUAACCAAGAGGAUGGGUUCUUUAAGAAGACCAAGAGGAAGGUUGUACCUCCUUCCCCAAUGACAGACCCCAGCAUGCUGACGGACAUGAUGAAAGGCAACGUUACCAAUGUUCUUCCCAUGAUUCUUAUUGGAGGGUGGAUCAACUGGACCUUCUCAGGGUUUGUUACAACCAAGGUACCUUUCCCCCUCACGUUACGGUUCAAACCCAUGCUGCAGCAGGGAAUCGAGCUGCUCUCCCUGGACGCUUCCUGGGUCAGCUCAGCAUCCUGGUAUUUUCUGAAUGUCUUUGGCCUGCGCAGUAUGUAUUCUCUCAUUCUUGGACAAGACAAUGGUGCUGAUCAGUCCCGCAUCAUGCAGGAGCAGAUGAGUGGGGCAGCCAUGGCCAUGCCGGCUGACACCAACAAAGCCUUCAAGGCUGAAUGGGAAGCUCUGGAGCUGACUGACCACCAGUGGGCGCUAGAGUCUGUUGAGGAGGAAUUGAUGAGCAAGGAGUUGGAUCUGGAUGGGAUGUUCAGCACUGAGCUGCCGACUGGGAUUUUUUGAUUGCCCAUGUGGUGCUGGACAGAUGUGUUAGGGAAACCAGUUUGCUAAUUAGAGAAGAUCAAAGCCUGAGCUGCUUGAAGGGAUUGAGAGGUGAUGGUGAAAUAUUGUUUUCUUGGAUGUGUAAACUUUAGGUUGACUAACUGUAAAGCAAUUAUUUCUCUCCUUCGAGAUUAUCACAACUACAAAUAUUUUGCAUGAUGCUCAUUUGAUUCAAAUUAAGCUCUGAAUAAUUUUCUAAUAUCAUGUUUGGUCACGGGAACUGAGUGGCUUUUAGAGCAGUCUUUUUAACAUGUUGUGAAACGGCAAGUUGACCUUUGGGUAGCAUUGAUUAGAGGAUGUUGUCAGUGAUGGAACAGUCAUUUCAAGCAGCUCACAUUGUAAUAAGUGUGCAGGGAUUUGAAGGAAAACUACGGCCAUGUGUCACAUUUCCACAUCCGCUUUUCCCACUGUUCCCUAAUGUCUUUGUGUUUUGCUCAUCUACAAUAACAUUCCCUGAAUGUGUUUAAUUUCUAGAUCUAAAUGCAGUGCUGGUGGAAAUGUUCCCUAUCUAUGUGCAGAGAUCUGUGAUUGUUUUUUUUUUUUUAUUUAUCUCCCAAACCAUUUUUGUAACUUCCUGUGUUUUGUAAAGAAACUGAUAUGACAAGACCUGCUGGUGUUUUUUUUCCUAUAAUUAUUAAUUUUUGAGAUACAUGACACAAAUAAAAUAAAUUUGAAGUUUUGUCA